AUGGACUGUGGACCUCCUGGAAAAGUGGGCCCUCAGCUCCAGCAAGAGUGUCCCAGGUGGCUCAGUGGAACCAGUUCACGCCGGAGCCAGGGCAGCAGCGUAGCGGUCAGAAGCGGCCGCUGCGCGGAACUCGGAGGAAAAUCUUUCACCAGGUGGACAGGCAGCCUCCGCCGCAGCAGCAGCAUCGUGGGGAAGGGCGACCCCAACGAGCCGCGCGGCAAGAUGUCUUCAUACGUCUGCUUCGUGCAGACCUGCCGCGAGGAGCACAAGAAGAAGCGCCCCGACUCCUCAGUCAAUUUCGCAGAGUUUUCCAAGAAAUGUUCCGAGAGAUGGAAGACCAUGCCGGCCAAGGAAAAGUCCAAGUUCGAAGACAUGGCAAAAAGUGACAAAGCUCGCUACGACAGGGAGAUGAAAAAUUAUGUCCCUCCUAGAGGUGACAAGAAGGGAAAGAAAAAAGAUCCCAACGCUCCGAAAAGGCCUCCAUCUGCCUUCUUCCUGUUUUGCUCCGAACAUCGCCCAAAGAUCGAAAGUGAACACCCUGGCUUAUCCACUGGGGAUACUGCAAAAAAACUGGGUGAAAUGUGGUCUGAGCAGUCAGCCAAAGAUAAACAGCCGUAUGAACAGAAAGCAGCUAAGCUAAAGGAGAAAUACCAAAAGGAUAUUGCUGCAUACCCUGCCAAGGGCAAGAGUGAAGCGGGGAAAAAGGGCCCUGGCAGGCCGACAGGCUCCAAGAAGAAAAAUGAACCAGAAGAUGAGGAGGAGGAGGAAGACGAGGAAGAAGAUGUGGAGGACAGAGAGAAGCAGGAGAGAUUAAAGGGAGCAGAACUGAGCUACUGGGAUGACGAUGUCUCCACUGUCUUUAGAGCGGCUGUGAUUUUACCAAAUGUACACAUAUGUCACACCUACCAAAAUGCUAAAUAUCUGAAGUUUGCUAUGAUUCAAUAA